AUGGCGGAGGGAGAAGGACGGGCACGACGUUUGGUUGUUCUUAUAUCAGGUUCAGGAACCAAUCUGCAGGCGCUGAUCGACGCUCAAAAUACGGAAUCCUUGCCAAAUACCCAGAUCACCCUCGUGAUAUCGAAUCGCAAGGCUGCUUACGGCCUCACACGCGCCUCCACGGCCAACCCGCCCAUCCCGACUGCGUACCUAGCGCUCCAGCCGUUCUUGAAGGCAAACAAGGACAAGACGCGGGAGGACUACGAUGUUGAGGUUGCGCGGCUCGUCGUGAGGGAGAAACCGGACCUGGUGGUCUUGGCGGGGUGGAUGCAUGUGCUGAGUGAGGGGUUCUUGGAUGUUUUGUGUGGGACGAGGGUGUUGGAGGGAGGGGAGGGGGUGGAGGGCGCGAUACGUGUUAUCAACUUGCACCCUGCGUUGCCAGGCGCGUUUGACGGGGCGAAUGCGAUCGAGAGGGCGUACGAGGCGUUUCAGAAGGGGGAGAUUGCAGCGUCGGGCGUGAUGGUCCAUCGUGUGGUGAGGGAGGUGGAUCGCGGAGAGCCGGUGAUGGUGCGUGAGGUGGAGAUGAAGGAGGGAGAGCCGAUCGAUGCAUUUGAGGAUAGGCUGCAUAGAAUUGAGUGGGAGAUAAUCGUACAAGGUACAAAGAAGAUGUUAGAUGAAGUAGAACAACAAGGAAAAACUGUCUCUGAAACUUAAAAUCAUAGGUUGCCUCGUCAGAGUAGGGAUAAAUUCAUUGUGAUGAACUG